UUGAUAUCAAACGGAAUUCAAUAGAUAACAAAUUUUAAUGAGAAAAGUUUAGUCACAAGCUGUGCAAUAUAGCUUAACCUUAAAUAUGAUAAAGGCGGUCAUCUUAAUUGGAGGUCCCCAAAAGGGAACCCGCUUCCGUCCGCUGUCGCUGGACACGCCCAAGCCGCUGUUCCCUGUGGCCGGACGACCGCUGAUAGCACAUCACAUCGAGGCCUGCGUCCAGUUGAAGGAGCUGCGGGAGAUUCUCAUCAUUGGCUUCUAUCCGCAGACGCAAAUGGAGGGAUUCGUGGGCGACAUGCAGGCACUGUACAGCAGCAGCAACAUCAACAUCAGGUAUCUGCAGGAGUUCACAUCCCUGGGCACCGCUGGCGGCAUGUACCACUUUCGCGAUCAGAUACGCGCCGGCAAUCCGCGCGCCUUCUUCGUGCUCAACGGCGAUGUUUGCGCCGACUUUCCGCUCCAGGAACUGUACACCUUCCACACCGAGCGUCCGUCGAGCGCUCUGGUGACCAUAAUGAGCACGGAGGCGACACGACAGCAGUCUCUGCACUACGGCUGCCUCGUAUUCGAUCGUGCCAGUGGUGCCGUGUCCCAUUAUGUGGAGAAGCCCAGCUCCUAUGUGUCCACGUUCAUUAAUUGUGGCGUCUAUGUCUGCUCCAUGGAUAUCUUCACCAAGCUGGCACAAAUCUUUCAUGCCAAGGGCGAGGAAUACAGCUGCAUCAGUUACAGCAAUGGCAAUGGCAACGGCAAGGAGCAGGGUCACAUCAAAUGGGAACAGGAGGUGCUCACACCUCUUGCCGGCACCGAUAUGCUCUUUGCCAUGCCCGUGCCCAACUGGUGGUCACAGCUGAAGACAGCCGGCUCGGCGAUCUAUGCCAACCGUCAUUACUUGGCGCUCUACAAGCGCACGCAUCCGGAGCGACUUGCCAAUGUGGGCAGCAAACGUGGCGAGGGCGAUGGAAACCUGAUCUGCACCGUCUAUCCGGACGUCUAUGUCCAUCCCAGUGCCACGGUGCAUCACUCGGCUGUGCUGGGUCCCAAUGUGGCCAUUGGACCAGGAGUCACAAUCGGACCUGGUGUGCGCAUCCGGGAGUCCAUUGUGCUGGAGCAGGCACAGAUCAAGGAUCACACGCUGAUCCUACACUCGAUUGUGGGACGGGGCUGCUCCAUUGGCGCCUGGACACGGGUCGAGGGCACUCCCAGUGAUCCUGAUCCCAACAAACCCUUUGCCAAAAUGGAAAAUCCGCCGCUGUUCAACAACGAGGGUAAACUGAACCCAUCGAUAACAAUACUGGGUUGUUUUGUCCAGAUUCCCGCUGAGAAGAUCCUCCUGAAUAGCAUCGUAUUGCCGCACAAGGAGCUGAGCCGCAGUUUUAAAAAUGAAAUCAUUUUGUAAAACAUUUCUAUAAGAAUUUGUUAUUAUCCAUUUGCUUUAUAAUAUAUAUUUUAUUUAUGUACAUCUACUUUGAAAUGUGCAAUAAUCCUUAAAAUGUCUGUUUACAAUAUUCACUUUACUAUUAUUAAGUUUAUACGGCAGCUUAAAUAAGAUAUAAAAACUAGCAGCUGAUUACUAUAAGCUACAAUUUAAAUAAA